AUCGCCCGGAUCCCAUCCUCACCACACCAGCGUCCGUCCGAACGCGAUCCCCCAAGCGGCUAGCGCCAUCUAGCCACCCGCCACCCGGUAUAUAUCACUCCGCACCUGCUCACCGCGAGCAGAGAGGCACCGACACCGAUGGCAAGUCCGCUGCUGUGCCUGGCCGCCGCCGCCGCGCUCGCCGCAGCCCUCCUCGCUUCCACCCCCGAGGCGUGGCGCCCGGUGGCGACGCCCCCCCCGCUGCCGGUGCUGCCGAUCCCGUCGGCGGCGCAGCUCAAGUGGCAGCGGCGCGAGGUGAUCAUGUUCUUCCACUUCGGCAUGAACACGUUCACGGACUCCGAAUGGGGCACGGGGGCGGAGGACCCGUCCCUGUUCCGCCCCGCGGCGCUCGACGCCGCCCAGUGGGUGGGCGCGGCGCGCGCGGCGGGGGCGUCGCUGGCGAUCCUCGUCGCCAAGCACCACGACGGCUUCUGCCUCUGGCCGUCCGCGUACACGGACCACUCGGUGCGCGCCAGCCCCUGGCGCGCGGGCCGCGGCGACGUGGUCAGGGAGUUCGUGCGCGCCGCCCGCGCGGGCGGCGUCGACGCCGGGCUCUACCUCUCGCCAUGGGACCGGCACGACGCACGGUACGGGAAGGAGGUCGCGUACAACGAGUACUACGAGGCCCAGCUCCACGAGCUCCUCACGGGGUACGGGAGCGUGUCGGAGAUUUGGUUCGACGGCGCCAAGGGCAAGAACGCGACCAACAUGACGUACCACUUCCAGGAGUGGUUCCAGACGGUGAAGCAGCUGCAGCGCUCCAUCAACAUCUUCUCCGACGACGGGCCCGACGUCCGGUGGGUCGGCGACGAGAAGGGAUUCGCCGGAACCACCUGCUGGUCCACCGUCAACCGCUCCAUGAUCACCAUCGGCGAGGCCGGCAUCGAGAAGUACCUGAACGAGGGCGACCCGCGGGGGCGCGACUGGGUGCCGCCGGAGUGCGACGUGUCGAUCCGGCCGGGCUGGUUCUGGCACAAGAACGAGACGGCCAAGCCGCUGAGCCAGCUGCUGGAGAUCUACUACAACUCCGUCGGCCGGAACUGCGUGCUCCUGCUGAACGCGCCGCCCAACUCCACGGGCCUGGUCGAGGACGCGGACGUCGCGCGGCUGCGCGAGUUCGGCUCCGCCGUGGCCACCAUCUUCGGCACGAACCUCGCGGCCGGCAGCGCCGCCAGGGGCAGCAGCGAGCGCGGCGGCGGGUUCGCGGCGCGCAACGUGCUCGACGGGCGGGACGACACGUACUGGGCGCCGGCGGCGGAGGACGGGCGCCGGAACGGGUACUGGAUCGAGCUGCGGCGGCCGCCGGGGUCGGCGGGCCGGCCGUUCAACGUGGUGCGGAUCCAGGAGCACGUCGCGCUGGGGCAGCGUGUGGAGCGGCACGCGGUGUACGUGGACGGCGCGCCCGUGGCGAACGGCACGACGGUCGGGCACAAGCGGCUGCACCGGCUGCCCUGCGCCGUCGCGGGCGGGACGGUGCGCGUCUGGAUCGCGGCGCGGCGGGGCCCGCCGCUGCUGUCCGCCGUGGGGCUCCACCACGACCCCUUCGUCGAGGCGGACUCGUUGUGACGUGGCGGUCGGCGCGGCCGGGACGGGAUGCAUCAUUGGUGUCCAGGCCGGACCAAGCGAGCGGAGCCGCGACGACGGGCGGCGCGCGCCGCCACCUCCAGCGAGCGGCGAGCCGGCGAGGAAAGCGCCGCGCCGGUACGUUUGGGUGG